AUGGCGGGAGAAGAGUCACUCUCAGUACCCCGUCAGUCAAGCGAUCGAUUAUCCACCCAAACCGCCGAGGAGGAGGAUGCUCUUCUGACUGGGGAGCGAACGACUCGCCGUGAGCCAGUACGCCGCGGACUUGGCUUCUGGGGCCAGGUGGGAACGUUUGCGUGGGCUAUCUCUGCAACAAUCGUUGUAAUCAUACUGGCGGUGGUAUAUCAGCAUGAAUCGGCCAAGAAUCAAAGAGGAGAGCCCCCGAUAGGUUGGGGACCAGGCGGCAAGCCCUCGGGAAAGCGCAACCUCAUAUUCAUGGUCUCCGAUGGCAUGGGACCGACAAGUCUGUCCAUGACGAGAAGUUUCAGACAAUUCGUAGAGGGCUUGCCUAUUGAUGAUGUUCUUGUCUUGGACAAGCAUCACAUUGGCCAGUCCCGAACCCGCUCGAGCAACAGCCUUGUGACCGAUUCGGCCGCUGGUGCAACAGCGUUCUCCUGCGGACACAAGAGCUAUAAUGGAGCCAUUUCAGUGCUUCCAGACCAUUCGCCUUGCGGUACUGUACUCGAGGCUGCCAAGCUGGCGGGCUAUCACACUGGACUGGUGGUGACAACACGCAUCACCGAUGCAACGCCGGCUUGCUUUGCAUCGCAUGCGAAUCUGCGCCAAUACGAGGAUAGCAUUGCAGAGCAGGAGGCGGGUGAGCACCCGUUGGGACGUGUCGUGGACUUAAUCCUUGGUGGUGGCCGUUGUCAUUUCUUGCCAAAUUCCACCGAUGGCAGUUGCCGUGCGGAUGAUCGCGACAUCGUCGAUGUUGCGACUCAGAAUGGAUUCCAUUACCUGCAAGAUCGCGCUGGUUUUGACGCCCUCAAGGGUGGCGCUGAUGCAAAGCUUCCCCUGAUGGGUCUGUUUGCUGAGAAGGAUAUCCCUUACGAGAUUGACCGUCGCUCACAGAAUGACGUCUAUCCUUCUCUGGAAGAAAUGGCUCGAACUGCGCUGACCACUCUCAGCGAGGCCACCCGAGACAGUGAGCAAGGUUUCUUUUUGAUGAUUGAGGGGUCUCGAAUCGAUCAUGCCGGACAUGGGAACGAUCCUGCCGCACAGGUCCAUGAAGUCAUCGCCUAUGACAAGGCCUUUGCCGCUGUGCUGGAGUUCCUUGAGAAGGAUGAUACCCCUGGUAUUCUUGUCGGCACAUCUGAUCACGAGACUGGUGGCUUGGCUGCUGCGCGUCAACUCCACACUACUUAUCCUGAAUACCUUUGGCAUCCUCGUGUUUUGGCGAACGCUCAACAUUCCAGCGAAUAUGCUGGCGCCAAGUGGACCGAGUACCUGUCUCAAAAUGGAAAACACAGUGAUGACAAGAAGAAAUCAUUCAUCCGCAAAAUUUUGCUCGAGAAGGAUCUCGGUAUCACAGACGCCACGGAUGAGGAGAUUGAUGCUUUGCUUCAUCUUGAGGCUGGAGUGUAUCCCAAUUACGUCUUUGCCGACAUGAUCAGCCGUCGUGCGCAAAUCGGCUGGUCUACUCACGGCCACUCUGCUGCCGAUGUCAACAUUUAUGCAUCAUCUAGCAAGAAUGCAUGGCCACUGGUUGGCAAUCACGAGAAUACCGAUGUCGGUAAAUUCCUUGCAGAAUAUUUGGAUCUUGAUGUCAAUGCAGUGACCAAACGUCUGCAAUCUGCGGCUUCUUGGACGGCAUCGAGCGACGAAUCUAGCCCGUCUAAGCAACAUGGCUGGCUGGGUGAUCCGCUUGGCUCGAACGUGCGAGUUGAAGGCCUUGAUGGCUACCAUGGUGACUUUAGAAAGCGCUCGGUCGAUGACUGUGCUUGCGGAAGCGUGCACUAG